UUAACUUGAAUUAUUUAUUUUAUUAUUUCUAUCGUUAUGAUGAAUUAAUUUAUCUUAAAAUUAUCUAUUUCGAAAUUACUUACCUGAACCAAACGACCCUCGACAAUAGAGCUCAUUUCUCUGACAAUACAAACUCAACUAUCCCAUACUCUUAUAUAAAGUCUACCAUUUGAGCGCAAUCUGUCUUUCAAAUAUCACAAUUCUGCAAUAAAUUUUGAAUUUCUGUUACUUCACAAUACAAUUUCGCUCCUAAUUCAACUCCAUCAGUGGCGAAUUUCGUAGUCUUAUUCUCAAGAUAUCAUCGGCAUGGCGAGAAUCUGCCGAGCCCACACCUUAUUCUAUAGUAUUCCUUUCUACAGAAACCAAAUCGAAGUAACAGUUACAAAGAAAGGUUCAGAAAUGGAUCGAUGGAUUCAGCAAACACUUCACAUUCACCGUCGAAGACUCCACGAACUCCUCGUCGGUCUCGACAUCGAGUGGCGGGCGAUUCGAGACCCCGCCGAAGAAAACCCCCGUGUUGCGCUCCUCCAGCUCUGCGUCGGCCACCGGUGCAUCAUAUUCCAACUAAUUCACGCAGAUUACAUCCCGGAUUCUCUCAUCUCUUUCCUGGGAGACACCAAUUUCAGUUUUCUGGGUGUGAAUGUUAACGGCGAUUGUGAGAAAUUGCACGAGGAUUACGCGUUGUUAGUGGCGAACCCACUCGAUUUGAACAAGAUGGCGAUGGAUGUUUAUAAAAUUGAAGAGUAUGGGAGAAUUGGGUUGAAGAGAAUGGCGCAUGAAAUUCUUGGGAAAGUGAUGCAAAAGCCGUAUGGUGUUACGAUGAGUGAUUGGGAUGCAGAGGAAUUGAAGUAUGAACAAGUUGAAUAUGCUUGUAUUGAUGCUUUUAUGUCUUUUAAGCUUGGGCUGAAGCUGUUCUACAAAAUGCAGUGAUUUUUUUGUAUUUUGUACUAUUACGAACCUGUAUCAUAAUCUUGAAUAGUAUACGGAUUUUCUUGAUACUGGUAUGGAAUUUGUGUUGA